UUUUCCGUUUUCUCGUUGUCGCACACCGUUAAACACCCCUGUAAAUGUGAAUGGUGCAACCCGGAACUUAAAUGAUUUUGCGGGAAGAUUUGUCAUUUUGGAUUGGAUUUAUUUUGCAAACAGUUGUAGUUUGAUCUUCGUACUAUAAACUCCACGAUGAGUAACCGAAAGAGCAGAAGCGUCAAGGCGGCGCCCAUUGCACCAGUUGGCAACAAGAAAUCAUCAUUUCUGGACUCUGGCAACCGAUCUACAAUUGGUAGUGCCAGUUUCUUAGAAGGGCUACAGGAAAGAAAUGGUGAGUUUUUAAAAGGUAACCCUCUGCACAGUACUGCCAUAGAAGAUGAUUUAAACCUUUCAAAAGAGCCCCAGAAGACAAAAAGUCAAGUGGGGAAGAACAUCACAAAAAAAGUGAAUGAAGUGGUCAAAAACAGGCCUGAGAAAAAUGAACCGGCAAAGGUAGAAAAGAAGAGAGGUUCACAGAGUAAAAAGUCAAGGGACUCACAGGAAGAAUCAGACACCGUCCCUUGCACCAAAAGGAGACAAAAUCAAGUCCUGUCCUCUGAUGGUGACACAGACGAGGACACAAGCUGGAACCCAAGUCGAAAGAAAGCAAAAAUCCAAAGUUUGGAGAGAACCUCAAAAAAGUUGACCAGAGCAGACAAAGUCCAAAGGAAUGGGAAGAAAAGGAAAAAAUCUCAAGGAAGAACAGAGUUGGAAGUGGUGAUGGAGGCCUUCCUCAAUUUCUGUGAUGAGUACAGGGAUUCUGUCGAGUCGAAUGCUGUCAAGAAAUCAAUUGAUUGUUUCUCCAACAGUGUCAAGGAACAACUUCUUGAAAAGAUGGCCUCCAAUAGAGAGUUUAAGGCUCUGAAACGGGAAAAUUCCAAGGUGAGCUCCAUGAUACGUACAAAGACACAGCAACUUUUGGAUGCCAAGCAUGAGCUAAUAAGGGCGGAUCGGCUCGUGGACUUGCUUCAAAAAGAGAAAAAUGACCUCAAACUAAGACUAGAAGAUCUGAGAAGAAGCCAGGCUUUCCUCAAAGAUAUUAGAGGACUCACCCAAGUAUAUCUGGACUACCGGACUGCACAUCCAAAAGAGAAAGAGACAUAUGGUACAUCCAGUGUAGCAGCUCAACUACUGGAGACCUAACAUUUUCAAGGAGCACAGGACCAGCCGAGACUGAUCAAUAACGAUCAGGAGAAAUGACUGAAGGGAGAUGGCAAAUAAUGUGCUGGGCAGUGGAGUCGUAUACCAAUACACAACUCGUGUAGGAUUCACAGAUUAUUCCUGGUUAAGUAAUGAUAAAUGCAAUAUUUUUCAAAUAUCAAGACGAAAUGUGUCUUUUCAAACUAUAGAAUGGUAGCAUAAGGUUUAUUUAUUGUAUAGAAAUCUAAUAUUAAAUGUAAAUGAGCCAAUUUUUUGUUCCAGCAACAGUCGUGGCUGUGUGCGUAUUUUAUGCCUUCAUAAAAGAAAUAAAAACUUCAAAAACGUC